CCGGAAGUGACGUAGUGGCGCGAAUCACAACAAGGGAAAUGUGAUUAUCUUUUGAACAAACUUAACGACAAAAACUUAUGUCUAUAUAUUGUGUCCAUAUGUGACAAAAAUUGUGUUGUUAUAAACGUAAAAAACGAUUUGUUAUGUUUUUUGGAAAUGUUAGCUAACCCGGCAAAUGUAAUGUUUAGUUAAGCUAGCACCGGUUGUGUGUGUGUGUGUGACAGCGACAGUCGUUCUGUUUUUAAAUUAACUCAUUAGAUUAAUUAAUUACAAGUAAUUUCGACUAUUACUUCCAUAUAUACUACAAUUUUGACCGAGUUUCCCCCUCCAGAAACAGGCAUAAUGUCCAACGGAGAUAAGGAAGGCUUUAUUGUGAAGUUUGUGGCGAGUAAAGGAGAAAAGUCAGAGUACACUGCUAAAGCUUAUGAGGCUAUUUUGGAGCUGCAGUCUGACAAAUACUUGAAGAGAAUCAAUGAGGACGUUGUAUUAAAGAUGGAGCAGAAGGACAAGUCUCUUUUCGUCUUUAGUGACUUCAACACUCCUGCCUUCCAGCACUGCAAGAAUCUCGGCUGCCGAGUUGUGAGUCCUUUGGUGGUGUUGUUCUGCCUGCAGCAACAACGCUGUGUCCCCAAAGCGGAGAAACCUGUCCACAACAUGGCCAUGGCCGAUGUCACCAUCUCCUGCACCAGCCUGGAUAAAGCAACUCGGACAGAAGUGAUGGAUCUCGUGCAGCUCAUGGGAGGGCGCAUCUAUCUCGAUCUCAAUGUGUCCGUCACACACCUGAUUGCCGGCGAGGUGGGCAGUAAAAAAUACAUCGUGGCUGCCGGUUUGGGUAAACCCAUCCUGCUUCCCUCCUGGGUCAAAGCCUGCUGGGAGAAAUCUCAGGACAGUCUGUUCAGGUACACGGAGCUCGCCGUGGAGGACUAUCUGUGUCCCGUGUUGCAAGGUUGUACCGUGUCUGUGACAGGUCUGUCCAGCGUGGAACGCAAAGAGGUGCAGCGGCUAUGUGAACAGCACGGCGGGAACUACACGGGUCAGCUUAAAAUGAACGAGUGCACGCACCUUAUUGUUAGCGAACCAUCAGGUCAGAAGUACGAGUGUGCACGGAAAUGGAACGUGUAUUGCGUGUCGCUACACUGGCUCUUCGAUAGCAUCGAGAAAGGCUCCUGUCAGGAUGAAUCCCGCUACACCGUGGAGCGCAACGCAUCCAAAAGCACUCGGCCACACACGUCAACACCCACCGGCACCGACAAGAAGGACGAGGGUCCAUCUUUGUUGGGUUUGAGCCACAUCUCCGUCAACGCUAGCAUGACAAUAAACGACACAGCUCUCACUAAUGCAACGAGCAGCCGCUUGGAAUCUCCAGACCCCAUAGAGAGUCUGGAUCUGACCAUGUGCCCAGCAGAGGACAUCCUGGACGGCUGUAAGCUGUAUCUCUGCGGCCUUCCCUUGAAGAAGCUGGAGAAGCUGCGGCGUGUAGUGAACGUGGCAGGGGGUCUUCGUUUCAACCGUCCAAGCGAGGAGCUCACGCAUGUUGUCAUGGGAGAGCUGGACCAGGACCUGAAGAAUUUUCUCUCCAAAGCAAGUCACAGACCUCACGUGGUUACGGUGCAGUGGUUGCUGGACAGCUUCACCAAGGGUUGUCUUCUACCAGAAGAUGGCUUCCUCCACCCUGAGUGUCUACCUCCCACUCAGGCGGUAGUGUCUGCACCGGCUCGUCACUCUCCUGCGUCCAGGUCCUCAGCUGGACCCCCUGUGGCAAGUCCCAGUACCCCAAUGCAGAUUAAAGCAGAGGAGGACCUGUUGUCACAGUACAUGGAUGAUGACCCGACAAUUGUUGACAUGCCGCCACCAGUGGCGUUUAACAGCAGGAAGUCCAUCAGCGCGGUCUCCGAGCCGCAGCUGCAGUCCUGGUCCUAUAACCAUAACCACAGCACGAGACCAGAAUCAGAAUCUUCCAUGCAAGAACCCGGCGAGGCAGGUCUCUUCGCUGGAAAACGGUUUCUUCUGCAAGGCUUCGGCUCCGAGGCCGAAGCCCAGCUCAGCGUGACGGUGACGGAGAACGGAGGCCGGGUGCUGGCGAGCCGCACGCGCGCUGUCGCCGACUACGCCGUAGUCCCGCUAUUAGGCUGUACUGUGGAGGCCACAGUGGAUGAAGUUGUCACCGAUACGUGGCUGGCCAUGUGUGUGGAGAGGGAGUGUCUUCUGGAGCUCUCCUCCAAUCCGCUUUUCACCCCUGUAGCUGUGAUGGAUGGACGCUUUCCUCUCAAGGAUUGUGUCCUCUCUGUCAGUCAGUUCACAGGAGCAGAAAGGGAGUCCUUGGUGGACUUGGCGAAGCACCUUGGAGCCAAUGUCCAGGACUACUUUGUUCGCCUGGCCAGCCAGAAAAAAGGAAUGUUGGCCAGCACCCAUCUGGUGCUGCAGAGCCCUGACGGCACCAAGUACCAGGCAGCCAAAAAAUGGGGGCUUCCAGCGGUCACCAUGCACUGGAUAAUGGCAUCAGCGAGAAGCGGCCACAAGGCGGCUGAGGAGCGAUUCCUUGUUGAUCUGCCGGCUUCUCCCGAUGGGGAGGAUGGGAGUUUUAUCGGCGCCUCCCAGAGGACAUCCAUGCCUCCGCCAGCCGCCUCCUCUCCGGAGAUCCCACUACUUGGUCCUCAGAGCGGUAAGGCGGUCACGCCGUUGGAUUUAGGACGCUUCCAGAGCAAAGUGUUCCGCUCUGUGUUGAACGAGAUGAAAUCCAAGGAUGAUAUCAGCACACCUAAGCAAAAGCACGACGGCGGUAGAAAGAACCUUCUCUGCAAGGAGCCUUCGCUCCAACUGGACACGCCGUCUCGUUUCCUCAGCAGAGAUCAGCUCUUCAGGCCGUCCUUCAAUGUCAAGGAUGCUUUAGGAGCACUGGACACUCCAGGAGUGAGAUCCAAACCCGGCCAGAAAGCGGACACGCCACUGACGGACGUCAUCAACAGGAACCUGAAAGUGGCGCUGGCCAACAGCACCCGCAGUAACGACAUGCAAGCGGCCUCAGCCAGCCCACAGCUGAGCACCACCAGGAAGGAGGAGGUGCCAGAAAAGGAGGCGGGCCCACUGACCGGCCUCGUGAUCUGCGUGGGAAAGAAGCUGAGUAAGAUGCAGAGUGAACUGAAUGCCAUCGCCGCCUCGCUUGGCGCCGACUUCAGGUGGGCCUGCGACGACACGGUGACUCACUACGUCUACCAAGGUCGAGUGGGGGACAACAGUCGAGAAUACAAAGCGGUGAAGGAGCGGGGGCUACAUGUGGUCUCGCAGUAUUGGCUCCAAGCUUGCGCUGAGGAAUACAAACACGUUUCGGAGUCUCUGUAUCCUUUCACCUACAAUCCCAAGAUGAGUCUGAACCUCAGUCAGGUUCCCAGCAGCUCCCAGAGGUCUCCGCCUCUCACACGAACGCAAGCCGAAACCCAGGAUAACACGAUUGCUGAAGAAGAGUCCACUUCCCGUCGUAUUAGUGAUGAAAGCGGAGACCAAGAAGCAGACAGGACUGAUAUUUCCCAGACUCUAGAGAUGCGAGAGAACCUGCAACGGCAACUCCAGGAGAUCAUGUCAGCAACAAAGUUGGAAACUGGAAGACGUACGUCAAUGCGACUCACUCGCAUGGCGUCAGCGGGCGCCGACUCGAACCCCAACACUCCCGAGCGGAGCAGAUACGGACGCAGCGGCGGCAGCAGACGCACCCUGGAAGCAUUAAGGGUCCCUCGGGAAGCGGCGAUGGAUUGUCAUACAGAAUCCUCCCAGAGUGAGCAGAUAUUUUGGGAUGAUCCGACAGCAAGGGAAGAGAGGGCCAAGCUCGCUGAUAAUCUCCAGUGGCCCGGUAGUCCUUCGCAACAGUCUGAGCCCGUGGUGCCGCCCCCGCAGCCCACAGUGCAAAACGAGACGCAUUUCAAAGACUCCAUGACUGACUCUGAACUGGUAGAGAUGGCGGCUUGUGAUGUCAUCAACCAGCAAAUGAGCAAGAAGGUCACACCGCCACAGAAUAAACUCCUGACCCCCACAGCCCCCAUCAUCGCCGAGCCAGAGGAGGAAGCUGAAGAGGAGAGGCAAACGCCGAGAUUCCAGCUGUCUUCUCUCAGUCCUCAGGAACGCAUCGACUACAGUCAACUCAUAGAAGAGCUUGGUGGUGUCGUUCUGGACAAGCAGGCCUUUGACCCCAGCUGCUCUCAUAUUAUAGUCGGUACCCCCUUGCGCAACGAGAAGUACCUGGCGGCCAUGGCGGCUGGCAAAUGGAUCCUCCAUCGUUCUUACCUGGAGGCUUGCCGAUCUGUGGGACACUUUAUACAGGAGGAGCGAUACGAGUGGGGCAGUAGCUCCAUCCUGGAUGCGUUGCCGUCCAUUAGUUCCCAGCAGAGGUGGCUGGCGUUGGCUGCCAUGCGCUGGAGAAAAGCCCUGCAGGGAUCAUCUGAAAAGGGGGGAGCCUUCAGCGGGUGGACGGUCAUGCUCAACAUCGACCAGAACCGUGAAGACGGCUUUCGGCGGUUGCUGCAGUCGGGCGGGGCGAAGGUCCUACCGAGUCCGUCCCCGUCCAUGUACAAGGAGGCUACUCACCUCUUUGUCGACUUCAAUCGACUCAAACCGGGAGACCUCAGAGUUGACGUGUCGGAGGCCUCGGCCCGAGGAGUCACAUGCUUGAGGCCGGACUACAUUGCGGACUACCUCAUGCAGGAGCCAAUCCCUGCCGUGGAGCUUUACCUCCUCACUGAAUGUCCCCCCGAAGAGGCGCCAAGCACACCGUCACGCAAACGCAAAGCAGCAGAGAGCACAUCCAGACUGAAAAAGUCUCGUCUCCAUUAAUAACUGCACCACUACAUAACACCUAGCCCAUCAUAUUCCAUAAUCCAUUGUACAUAAGAUUAGGUUUUUUUUUUAAACUUGUGAAAUAAAAUGUAGCACUUGUCAUGCUCCUCUGUAGCGUUGCAAUGCGAAAGACUGCAGUGGCUGCAGGCUGCAAGUGAUUGAUGACUGAGAGGAUCCGUUGAAAAUGUCCAGUCAUGCUUUGUUGACAUGUAAUAACAGUAGCCGACCACCAGGGGGCAGUGUUUCUCAGUAGUGGGUUGGUUGUUUGAGUUUGACAAUCAUUUUAAUCAUUUUCUUUCAAAUUAAUUGAUUGUUUAUGCUUUAAUUUGGGUUCUAAAUCAGCUGCGCGCGCAUCCUUCUCAGCUCUCGUGUCGUUGCUGUGUCGAUAUUGUUUGCGCAGCGGUGAUUUAGGUUUAAU